ACUUCAUCAAGUACAACGAUAAACGCUUGAAAAUGCUCGCUCCACGAUUACCGCCACUCCCAUCAAUCAGAGACCUAUUAAAGAUGUACAAAUUGAACGCCGUGAAACGUUUGUCUCAAAAUUUCCUGUUGGACCAAAACGUAUGCAACAAGAUUAUACAGAAAGCAGGGAAUCUCGCCGACAGUCAUGUAUUAGAAGUUGGUCCCGGCCCUGGUGGACUCACUCGAUCCAUCAUGAAACAACUACCGAAGCAGAUAAUGCUCGUGGAGAAAGAUCAAAGAUUUCAACCAACCUUGGAUAUGCUGGCGGACUCGUUCAAAAUGGUUAACGGGAAGAUGGAUAUAAUAUACGAUGAUAUCAGGAAAACGCACAUGCAGAGCUUAUUUCCAGAAGAGAUGAAAAUGAACUGGGACGACAAAUCUCCGAACAUCUUCCUCAUAGGCAAUUUACCGUUCAACGUGUCGACACCCCUCAUAAUAGAAUGGCUGCACGCGAUUGCUGAACGUCGAGAGGCCUGGGCGUUUGGCCGAACGAAGAUGACGUUGACGUUUCAGAAGGAGGUAGCGGAACGUCUAGUUGCCCCAGAGUCGAGCCAUCAACGGUGCAGGCUGUCGGUAAUGGCACAAGCGUGGACCUUCCCGGUGCUCCGUUUUGUUAUACCUGGUAGCGUCUUCAUUCCGCAACCGGACGUAGACGUGGGAGUGGUGUCGUUCACGCCGUUGGUGAAACCGCGCACGCAACACGACUUCAAAUUUUUCGAGAAAAUCACAAGACACGUGUUCAGUUUCAGACAGAAAUACAGCAUAAGAUGCAUUGAAACUCUCUUCCCGUUGUAUUGUCGCAAAGAAUUGGGUAUGAUGAUGUAUAAAUUGUCCGACCUGGAACCGACCAUGAGGCCCACGCAGCUCUCCGUAGGGGAUAUCGAUAGACUAGCUACUGCCUACAAGUAUCUGCUCGAAAAGCAUCCGGAACUCAAAAUGUAUAACUAUCGCUCGAGUCGACAUGUGGUACCGGUAUGCAAUACGAAAAAUGUCGUUGUCGAGGACUACACGGAAACUUGAAGAGGAACGAGUUCCAGAUCCACGCUGGUUCACACACCUUGAAAACACAAACGCGAACGCGCAUUACAUCACUUUUAUUAAAUCGCAGCAAUUGUGUAGUGGAGCAAAUUAAUUAAUUCGUUACAAUGAAUUUCGGUUAGAACUGUUGUGAGGACAUCUGUAAAUAUACAUUUAUAUACAUACACGUAUGGCUUAGCGCUUAAAUGAAAUAUUGUACAAUGUACACAAUUUGUAGUUUGCGAAUGUUAGGCGUGGUAAAGUAAAAAAUACUGUUAAUCAUUUUAAA